GUAUAAAAGCCCCGCACGCCGGACACAACAUCGUCAAAUACUUUUACAUCUUCUCCAGAGUAACACACACAGUUACUCACUCAAGCACAAGAUGAGACCUUUAGUGUUAAUCUCCGCUCUAGUGGUCCUGGCCCGCGCUGAGCCUCCAUCCGGCUACAGCUACCCAGCUCCGGGAGGUGCUGGCGGUCUCAUCGGAGGCGGCGGCCUCAUCGGUGGUGGCGGUGCCAUCGGCGGUGGAUUCUCCGGACACUCCGGCAUCGGAGGUGGAGCCAUCGGAGGCGGAGCCAUCGGUGGUAGCGGUUUCGGAGGCGGAUUCUCCUCCGGAGGUGCCAGUUUCUCGUCCGGCGGCGCUAGCUUCUCCUCUGGUGGUGCUGGAUUCUCUUCCGGUGGUGCCGGAUUCGGUGCCGGUGGUGCCGGUUUCGGUGGUGGCUUCGCCUCCGGUGGAUUCGCCGGUGGUGCUGGUGGUGUCCAAGUUCACAAACACGUCUACGUCCACGUUGCCCCUGAAGAACCAGAGGAGAGACGCGUCCAAGCUCCAAUCCAAGUAGCCGCCCCACAGAAACACUACAAGAUCAUCUUCAUCAAGGCCCCAUCUGCCCCAGCUCCAACCGCCCCAGUCAUCCCAGUACAACCACAAAACGAAGAGAAGACCCUGGUCUACGUUUUGGUCAAGAAACCAGAAGAACAACCAGACAUCGUUAUUCCAACUCCAGCCCCAACCCAACCAUCCAAACCAGAAGUCUAUUUCAUCAAGUACAAGACCCAGAAGGAAGCCGGAGGCGCCGGAUUCGCCGCUGGCGGCAUCGGCUCUGGCAUCGCUGGAGGCAUCGGAGGCGGAAUUGGCGGUGGAAUUGGCGGCGGUAUCGGCGGCGGUAUUGGAGGUGGAAUCGGUGGCGGCAUUAGCGGCGGUCAUGGCGUAUCUGGUUCUGGCAUCGACGUAAAUGCCGGCGGCAUUGGCGGUGGAAUCGUCUCUUCCGGUGCCGGUGGUGUCUCCGCCAAAUACGGAGUCCCCGGAGCCAACGGAUACUAAAUUACUUUCGCAAUUCCCCAUAAAAAAUCAAGUCAACUACAUCAUUAAAUAUUUAUUGUACGGGUAGACGACGAAGCGUCCUCGUCGUUUCAUUGGACCAAUGGAGUGUGAUAUUACACUAGAACAUUUCACAUGUACAUAAACACAUACUUUAGGAUUAGGUUCUCAUAUAAAUAUAUAUUUUUAUUUUUUUAUACUAUUAUUCUCGCGCAAACACGGUGACAAAUAAAUGUAUUUUUUUACUUAA